GAGAUGUUAGCUAAUCCAGAAAUGAACUCCUGAAAACUCACCACGGAGGAAACGAUCUGACUGAAUGUCAGCUGUUCCUGCCGUUCGAGACUGUCGUGUCUGAUGAUGUCAUCUGUAAAGCUGGUUGUUAACAUUAGUUUGGUGUAGAAAUCGCUCAUAUCUCUCUGUGUAGUCAGAUGACUCAUUCUUCGUGCUCUUACAUUUACUGUAAGAUUUAAACAUACAAGAGUGAUAUGAUGAUAUGAUAUUGAAGGAGACGGAGCUCAGCUCUGCUUGAUAAUGACAGAAACUUUAGAUACAACAGCUGGAAGUCAAGCUAGCUUUCAGAGACAAUCCCCUGCUGCUAAUCUGUCUUUUAAUGGACGCACUAAUUUCAUUCAUCAAACAUUUUAACAGCGGUGAAAACAGGAUGAGACAGAUCCGAGACUGUCGGAGAGUUUCAGAGGAUCAUUGCUGACGUGAGAAAGAUGCAGGAGAGAACAGACGCAGAGAAAAGGAGGAGCUGUUACUGGAGGAGUGGGACUAGGAGCAGCACUCGGACUUGGGAUACUUGGGACCUGGAAUCCAGUAGGAGGAGCAGUAGCAACUGGAGCUGGUGUUGUUGUUGAUGUUACUGCAAAUAUAUCAAAAAAGGUGACAGAAGAUGGAAGUGCAAAGAGAAUAGAAGAGCUAGGGAAAGAAUUCAUGAGGAUUGUAGAACCAACGAAGAAGAACCUGGAAGAAAUACACACGACGUGUAACGUGUUGGAGGAAAAAUCAGCUGAAGCUCAUGAUUGAAAAACUUUGACAGAGAUAAUGGAGUUUGACAUGAUUUUGAGACGAGUGUUCGAACUGAGGGAAAUGAGUAAAGGAGUUUUGGAGGUACUUGUAACUGUCUGUUGAAUCUCAUUGUGGCUGUCUUCAGAAUCACUGCGACCCCUGAGCAGGAUGAAAAGCCUCCAUCAUCCAGCCGGCUGAUCUGUGUCAGAAGGUCACUGAUGAGUUUAAAAAGACGAAGGAGACACUCAGAGACUUCACGGAGACAGUAAAUCUAGGAAGUCAAACAGUUUCUUCAUGUCGCAGUAUCUUUAAACUUCUGUUUGUGACUGUCAGAGUUUGGGGGAAGCUUGGAUCAUACUCGGAUAUCUGAGUGAAGGUUCAACCUGAAGCUGGACUGUGACUGAACAUGAAGAAGAAACAAGUUGAAAUCUUUAAGUGAAGCAGAUUUCAGCAGCAGGAUAAAUGUUGUUCAUGAUGUUAAAUUUCUGUUGCUUGUCAGGACGUUUGCAGGUUGUCAAGUUUUCUCCUCUAUUAAAAUAAUAUGUGAGUUGGUUAACAACAAACCAAUUCACAUUAAUUGAUGACAUUGAUAAAUAUUAAUUAUCAAUUACUUAAUUUUAUUCCAACUGGUGUGCGACACCUUUCUUUUUGUAAAUACAUCAUCUACUGUUUCCUUGUCUGUUAAUAAAUGGUGAUAACGCGGUUCGGUACUUUUGGCCCGUGUGGUUUACUGUACUCCUCUGAAGUGGGCUCUGGGAUUGUAGUUCUGAAGACAUAUACAGUACAGAGCUCAACUCAAUACUGGUACUACAACCUCCAUAAAGCACAGGUCGUGGAGGGCUUUUGUUGUAGCCUCUUGUGUUGUUCGUGAGUGUCCACUGGCGUUUUUCCAAAAGCGCUAAUCUGACAACCAAGUGGAUGUAGCUUCAGCUGCUCUCCGUGAGUUUGUAGAUUCGUGUUUUUUAUCCAGGUCAUCCUCGUAGCACCAUGUUGACACUCGUCAACUAGCUCUGCUUCCAAUGUUUACUUCUCCGGCAUGUCUUCUCCAGCCAGGGGAAAGUAAUGCUUUGUUUCGGUGAAGAUAAUUUCAUAGCGAGUAUAUCGAAAAGCCACCAUGUUUGUACGACAUAUAUUCAAACUGCUGUACGGAUAAUGCGCCAGCUGCCAGCACUUUGAACAGUCGGACAGCUUCCUCUCUCGGGAAGCGAGCUGUUGUCGACAGUUGCAGAUCCUCUCCGGCUCCAUGAUGGCGAUGUUUCGGAGCUUUGUCUCGGCGAGCACCCAGCUCCGUCAGCAGCAGCAGCCGCAGCAGCAGCAGCAGCCCGGCAGCGGCGCAGGCUCCCCGGCAGCCCCGGCUGAGGGCAUCGAGAGCCAGUUCUCCUGUCCUAUCUGCCUGGAGGUCUACCACAAACCCGUCAGCAUCGCCAGCUGUGCUCACACGUUCUGUGGGGAGUGUCUGCAGCCGUGUCUUCAGGUGACCUCACCCCUCUGCCCUCUCUGUCGUGUGCCCUUUGACCCCAAGAAAGUGGAGCGCUCCUCCAGUGUGGAGAAGCAGCUGGCCUCAUACAAAGCACCCUGCAGGGGCUGCAGCAAGAAGGUGGCUCUGGCGAAGAUGAGGUCCCACAUUGCUUCCUGUUCUAAAGUACAGGAGCAGAUAGCCAACUGUCCCAAGUUUGUCCCUGUGGUCCCCACCUCCCAACCUAUACCAAGCAAUAUUCCAAACAGGUCAACAUUUGUGUGUCCAUUCUGUGGGGCCAGAAACCUGGACCAGCAGGAACUGGUGAAGCACUGUAUGGACAACCACCGUAAUGACCCCAAUAAAGUGGUGUGUCCGGUGUGUUCAGCCAUGCCGUGGGGAGACCCCAGUUAUAAGAGCUCCAACUUCCUCCAGCAUCUUCUCCACAGACACAAGUUCUCCUAUGACACCUUUGUUGACUACAGCAUUGAUGAAGAGGCAGCACUGCAGGCAGCUCUGGCACUGUCACUGGCUGAAAACUGACGAGUCCCACCACCAUCGUCCUCCUCACUGUUAGCACCAACUCCACCAUAACUGCUGUCACCCUGGUCCCGCUGCACUGCUGCUGUUCCUCCCUGACUGAGAAGGUGUCAUCCAUCCAGCAGACACACCUGACCCUCACAGUGUGUGCAGAGAUCCGACUCACUGAGACGUCCAGCCAGCUUUGGAUUAGGUGAUAAACUCUGUCUUUUCACACCAAGGAUAUUUGUAUUCUGGUGUAAUAUUAGUGUAAGCGUUACAAAACAACAGGAGUUUGGAUGUACUGGAUCUUCACUGCUUCAUUUGGACUUAAUGAUUUGAAGACAGAGGAUCCUGUGGGUUUGGAGUGGAUCCAGUGGUCCAGACCGCCCCUGAAUGUGGUCUGAGUGAUCGGAUCUCAAAUGUGUCCUCAAUGCGUCUUGGGUGCGUUCACACCUGAACUUAGAGCUGAUCACUGGUGAUCAGAUCACCUGAGACGGAUGUUAACACCAGGAUUGAACAGGGCCUUCACCCUUCACCAGUAGUUCAGGUCUCUGACAACUCAGCUCAUCUCAGCUCAGUAGGACAUGAAGAGCUUGUUGGCUGGAGCUGUUCGUAGUGCAGUAACAUGGUAACACUUGAAGUGGUACUGUCCAUGACAUCCUCUAAUGGUCAUGGUCUGUAGGUUUGAGGACCACACAAUAAGUUGGGAACAUCCCCUCUCCCCCUCAAAGCCCAACCCCAACCAUUUAUACUUUCUACAACCGAGACUGAAAGUAAAUUUCUUUCUCGAGGGUCUGUGUGAUCCAUCUCAGUUGGCAGUUUAUUAGGAACACCUGGUUGAAACUAAUGCAGUCUCAGAAAAACUCUCCAGUGACAUAUCGUCCUUCAUGAAGCUCUGAAUGUUCAGUUUUUGUUGAAACUGUUUCAGAGAGGUGUCGGUUUAACUGUGGGAUCGUUUUGGAGGCUGCAGUUGGUUACUUUUUCACAGAUGCUCCUAAUAAACUGCCAGCUGAAUACACACCUGUGCAUGCAGACAUCCAGUGGAGUACUAACAGAGGCAAAUCAGCUGUCCACUUAUGUUCUGGACCAUAUCAAGCCGACGGCUCUUUACACGCCGCCACCAAACACACACACAGUUUCCUCGGCUCAUUGUCACCUCAGUGCUUUGUGUGGAGCCUCACUCACAGAUGUAGACAAAGAAGCUUAAAAUCAGCAUUUAGAGUUGUGUUAACUUCACUUGGCACAGUAAUGGCAGUGUGAUCGGUCAGUCUUGAUGUUAGAUGCUAAUGGCAGGUUAGACUUUUCCAAUAUGGAAGAAUUAUCAGGUUUCUAAUCCAUGACUCUGAUCAAAGAUUCAACAUUCAACACACUUCAGUCUCUUUGGACAGAAGCAGUUGGCAUCAGGAGCUGGGUCCUUUAACCAGAUCCCAGAACAGCUGGACUCAUUGGUAAAUUCACCCAAAGAGCCAAGUGUUGAAGUGAGCAGAGUCAGACCGCCAGCUGACAUCCGGACCUGUGGAACUGAUCAGUGUCAUGUUGAACUAGUUUGAAAUGUUUCCAUGAUAAAUUGGUAUUUUGGCAGCACCAAACUGGCUGAUACACAUCCUGGAAGCUGAGCCGCAGCUCAUCCGUUACUGUCCAAUCCCAGCUUCACUGAAGGCAACAGCAGAGACAUAAACCCAAGAGACGACAGACUUGCAUCAACGAAGGAAGGGUCAUUCACCGUGUCCCUAACAGCUCAUACAACGGCGUCAUUCAUCCACAGUAUGUUAACGUUUACAAUAACAGACAUUAGCAGCCCAUUCACUGUCACACCCAAAAGCAAAGUUGAACAGUUCCUAUUUUUUAUCCGUGUGAAUAUUUGCACUUGUUAAAAUUUUUUUCUACCAGAUUGAUCUGCAGAUAUUAGCUGUAAAAAAUCAGACAGGUUGGAAGUGCUGGAUUGAGGUCUGACCUCCGUGUUACUGUUACCUGCUUCAACUCUUGCUACAAGGAAUAUUUUUAUGAUGCAUCUGCCAAGAUAAAUGAGUAUAAAAAGAUAUAUUUUUGGAAAAUGUUUCCGUUUCAAAACCACCAGACUAAUAUCAGACAUGGGUCACAUAUGUGUCUACAACCUUUCUGGGACACUGAAGUUGAUUUACAAACUUGAAUUGCUGUUCUCACACACACACACACAAGAAACUUGUACAGGACUAGAGAGGAUGGGACUUGUUGAACAGAGGUGUUUUCUGUAGUUGCACCAAUAGAUGGCGUCCUUCUCCAGACAUGCAGAGCCAUACUGAAGCCCUCACACACACAAACACAUGGAGACCAUGUUUUCUAUGGAGGCAGGAUGUGGAGAAAAUAGAAAGGCUAACUUUGGCUAAUGUUUCCACAGAAAGAUGCAUCCAUCAUUUGCACUUUAAUUCAUUCAGUUUUUUUAAUAAUAGUUGGAAUUCUUUUUGUAUAAUCUUAACUCUUGUUUAAUGUUUUUUGCAAUUAAAUCUCAAUGAAGAUGAGUCUUUAGUUUAAAAAAAGAUCUUGUAAAUUGUAAAAGGCGUCAGAUGUUAGUUUGUUUGAUAGAAAAUGUACCAUUAGUUUUAUUUGUAUGACAAAAAUCUCAAAUAUUUGUUGACUGAAUACUUCAUUUAAAUGGGCAGCAUGUGCCAUGUGUUUCUUCCAAUGAUGUUUUUUGUGGUCAAUAUAAGUAGAAAUGACUGGGGAUCCGCUUUAUGCAACAGCAGAGCUGACGUUGACCCACUGUAACCACAGGAGGAGUUCUGGCCUGUUGUCACCACAGAUCAAAACAUGGAUCAGAUCAUAUAGAACUGAAGUCUUCAGACUAAGCAUGAAGCUUAUUUUCUUUUGCAUUACUGAUGCAAAUUGGACUGCUGAUAACUAUGGUGGCUCUGAGAGAUCAACACACUGCUGCACAACUUAAGAAAAAAUGCAAACAGACAAAACACAAACAGCUUCAGAAAUCAUCUUCAUCAAUUUGGCAACACAUGAAGUGUUUCCAGGGGACACUAAACAGUGAUGCAGGGGCACCCCGGUGCGUACUGUAAGGGCAUAGUCCUAACCGCACUGACCCAGGUUCAUGCACGACUUGUGGCUCUUUGCUGCAUAUCAUCCUCUCUCUCUCUUUCUCUCUCUCUCUCUCUCUCUCUCUCUCUGUCUCUCUCUCUCUCUCUGUAUCUCUCUCUCUCUGUCUCUCUCUCUCUCUGUUGCUAUUGGAAUUAAGGCAAAAAAACUUAACUUAAGUGAUUAACUUGGCUAGGACAGACUUGAGUGGAUGUAUUAUGAAACAUCUAUGUGCACUUGUUCAAUACUUUUUAACUUCAAAAGUUGCAAAGUAUUGAACAACAAGUUUGUUGUGAGUACUUGCAGCUCAUGUGUUGUCAAACUGAUGAAGAUGUUUUCUGAAUUUAUUUGUUUUGUCUAUGUGCAUUUCUUAAAUUGCGGUGUGUUGAGCUCUCAGGGACACCGUAGAUAAUGGACUGUGCAGACAUCAGCUGUCUGAUGUCAGAAUUCACCGGGAUUCAGUUCAAUAACUUCCUAUUAUUUUCCAAUGCAGUCCUCUCAGUUUCUCUGUUCGUGCAUGAAUCAUAAAACAUUGGGAUGAGCCCAAAUCUCUUGCUCUUGUUGAUACAGUUUUUUCACUGUAAUCUGAGCUUCCAAACAUAUUGACCAAAAUAUUAGAGCCCGACCGAUAUUGGAUUUUUGGGGUUGAUACCGAUAUUAGGGAGUAAAAAAUUCAGAUAUUGAUAUAUCGGCCGAUAUUGUCCAAAAUUACAUCAUUGCACUGAAGUGGUAAAUUUAACUGGCAAUUAAAUAACUAUCGAAAUAAAUAACUAUAAAUAAAAAACAUAAGAACAAAUACAGUAUUUUUAUAUAUCAUAUAUAUAUAUAUAUUUAACUUAAAUGAAAACAAAGGAUCAAAUAUACAUAAAAUGCUGCCUAUAUAACUUGACUUUAACCAAGCAUUUCCACUGCAUUAUUGCUUCCUAAUAAAAGUAUUCAUAUCCGUGCAUAUCGGAGGAUAUAUGCACCGAUACCGAUAAUCUGUGAUAGGCCGAUUAAAAUAUAUCCACAUUAGGAGGUGCUGCAGCACUUUAAAAAUUAACCUCACGUUCAGUCUGAACACAGCUUUUAAAAUUUUAAUGAAAAAAGUCACAGCUCCAUCAAUGAGUUUUUUUUUUCCUCCAGAAAAACUGAUGACUGACACUUUUAGCGUAUGCACCAUGAAAAGAUUCAUCUGUCUUCUCUCUGGUGUCAGUAUUCUUCUUCAGUAAAGUGCAUAUCAUGCUCAUAAUAUAAAAACUUUAAAUCUUUCACGUAAAUGAAAGCUGUUUUUAAUAUUUGAGUGGAUUUCAAAGCCCUCAAACAAACACAACUAUUUCUUCUGUUUUUUAUAUUCAUGUUAUAAUAGCAAUCUUUUCUAAAUGCUUGUUACCUUAUGCUUGUUCACAGCACUCUUACCUCUGUAGCAGAACUCUUAGAGUCUUAUUUUGUUACGGUUUGUGUACUCCAUGUUUAUCAGUGUCUUUCUGAACUAUUUAGUUAAACACAUUUUCCUCAAGACAUGUAAAUAAUCUGUUUUUGUGCUGUUGCAUUUAAAAUGUUAUGAAAAGAGCAGGAGCUAAGUGUGUUAGACUGUGGAGGCUUUGGAGGAUUUUCUUAACAAUGUGUAGUGCAAACAUGGAUGUGCAUGAACACUGUCUGGCUUGUUAGGAUUAAAGGAGUGGUUCAGAUUUUUAUCGCAAAACAAUUCUCACUUGCCAUGUGUAGUCGCUGUAAUCUGUAGUAGCAAUCAGCUACAUGGUGGACAUGUAUUUUAAAUUCAGUUGAAGUUAAUAGUCUGAGUGACCCAAAUCAAGUGGGCAGCUUUGUUCUUGUUAUUCAUAUGGUGGCUUGUUGUUGGUGUUUCCACAGGAAGGAAAUACCACCUGUGGUAACAGGAAGAGCAAGUUUCAUUCUCAAAAGUCUGUAACUUAAGGUGACCAGAUUUUUUAAAAAUGAAAACCGGGGUCAUCUCCAGUUCGACGGUCAAUAUAUAUCAGUAAAAAUAUCCAAUGUUUUUAUGUAUUUUGUCUACGGUAACUGUACUGUAAUAAACUGUGGUGAAUGCCAACUGAUAAAAUUAGUGAGGUUGCCAACUGUCCCACAAAAUAGCCUUACGGAAACAUCCCCUAAUUGGAAACAAAAAGAUGUUUUCCGUAUUGAACUGAUACUGCUAGUUGUCCUGUAUUUUUGAGACUCAAUUCAGUGUAAUUCUAUGGAAGAUAAAUAUUACAGGUUAGACUAUUAAAACAAUUUGUCUGAUUUCUAACCAAUGAGUGAGCCAAAUAACCUUUUCUCUGCCUAGAAACAACAAAAAAGGAAAAAAAUUUGAUUUGAUAACUCUUAUUUUGAUGGUUUUAGCUUCAUUGCUGCAGCUGCUAAAGCUAGCAGCCAGCUCGCUCUGUUGGCCAAAACAAGCACAACGCUAGACAUGUGCCUGUCUGCUCUGCUGCUCCGGUCUGUCUUUAAUUCAGUUAAAAACGCUGGCAUUUGCGCACACAGGCCAUGGACAACAGGGAUGUCUGGUCAGCCUACUGUAACUUUUGAGUUAGCUAACUCAGACUGUCCACACCUCCAUUAGCUUUACGAUGCAAAGAACGAAGGGAAUGCUACAUGGCUAGCAUGGAAGGAGGUUUACAGUGAUUACAGCGACCACAUGUGAGUAUUGAUUUGUGAUAAACAGGAAAAAUCCAAACCUAUCCUAUAAGUAUUGCUAACUAGCCAACAGACUCAUUUAGCACCAACAUGCUAAUGCUACCUUCUACUAGCACAGCAGAUACUGUAUUUAGCCUGCUAAUUACAUUAUCUAAACCAUUCUAGCACCUCCAACAUAACUAAUAGAACUGUAGCCUGCUUUAACCAAGACCCCAGAUGGCUAACAGGGUGUCAGGGACUGACUGGACCCCAGUGAAGUGGAUUAAUGGUAAAAUAAGAGCUGAGGUGACAGUCGGGGCACUUCACAGAUUGUACACAGAGGUCAGUUUAGUUGUCAUGUCCUAAUCAACAGCUGUUAGUAAACAGCUGUUGAUUAGGACAUGACAACUAAACUGUCUACUUCAGAAAAUAUUACUCUCAUGAUGUUAUAGCGAUGUCAUCAGGGUUAGCUCAGCUUGGACUCACAGACAACAAACUUGAAAACUGUUACAAACUGAAGGCAUGACAUUUGAAAAUUGUGGGUGUUUACCAGACAAGAGUCUAAGAGAAGAGAUGCUGUCCAGUUGAAUUAUGGGAAAUGUAGGAUCCAGUGUAUGUGGAGCUGUCACAGCCGCAGCUGUUGAUAUAUUUUUUAACACUUUCUCUCUUGAGUUCCUCACUAAACCCCUGGAGCGCCCCUGUAAAACAUAAAACCACAACACCACUAAAAAUCUGUCAGAUGUCAUGGGAAGUAAAACUGAAACAAACUUUAACCCCAAAACACUGGAGUAAAAGGGAAAAGAGUAGGUGGGUGCCAUUUUCAAAUAAAUUACACAAAAAUAAAGAUUUAAUGUAUUAAAAGAAUCGGCCAUCACAUUGGCAAAAUGUUCACAAGUAGGCGAUAUAAUGUAGAUUCAAAACAACACAUUGUCUUGAGACUAAACUGAUUAACUUCUUACUCUGAGGUGAGUUUCACUGAGGUCAUGUUUGAGUGGAAAGACGUUUGAAGACGAGUGCAGACGAGUAAAUCUGAAGUCUGCCUUCAGUGUGAUAUAAUAUGCAUUCUUUAUAAACAUAGUAAUAAUACCAAUAAGAAGUGCUUGCAGUGCCAGUGCUGCUGGAGAUGAUGAUGAUGUCUGGAUUUUCCAGUUGUUGCACUGCUUGGGAUUUUAUCAAAACAAUAUAAAGAUUUUUUUUGUUUGUUUUUUUUUUAGCAUUUUUUUUUGUUUUCCCCUCAAAUAAAAUGGAAAAACACA